UUUACUUAUUCUCAUUUGACUGCAAUGGCUGAUUAUUCAGGAAGCAACGAGGUGAUUUUGAAUGUGAACAAUGAAACCUCCAAAAAAUGUGAUAGCAUUGAGGAAGACUGUGUGCCACUUUUGCAGAAGUUGGUAGCAGAGGUGUUGGGCACAUAUUUCUUGAUAUUUGCAGGUUGUGCUUCGGUGGUGGUGAACCUUAAUAAUGAUAAGGUGGUGACACUUCCUGGGAUUGCAAUUGUUUGGGGACUUGCUGUUAUGGUUUUGGUUUACUCUAUUGGUCACAUCUCUGGUGCACAUUUUAAUCCAGCUGUUACUGUUGCUCAUGCUACCACCAAAAGAUUUCCCGUGAAGCAGAUACCAGCUUAUAUAAUGGCUCAAGUUAUUGGAUCCACACUUGCAAGUGGAACUCUUAGACUUAUAUUCAGUGGAAAGGAUAACCAUUUUACAGGAACACUUCCUGCUGGUUCUGACCUACAAGCUUUUGUGGUGGAAUUCAUAAUCACUUUCUUCCUCAUGUUCGUCGUCUCCGGAGUUGCCACAGAUAACAGAGCUAUUGGCGAGUUGGCUGGGCUUGCAGUUGGAUCUACCGUACUGCUAAAUGUGUUGUUUGCCGGGCCAAUUACUGGAGCAUCAAUGAAUCCUGCAAGAAGCUUAGGGCCUGCAAUUGUCCAUGGUGAGUUCAAAGGAUUGUGGAUAUACAUGGUCGCACCACAUCUGGGUGCUAUUGCUGGUACAUGGGCCUAUACUUUCAUCAGAUACACAAACAAGCCUGUGCGUGAGCUCACCAAGAGUUCCUCUUUCCUUAAAGGAGCUGAAUGAUACCCAAGAAUUUAUUAUUUUCUCUUAUUCAUUUUGUUGUUUUGAAGAUCACCAUGUAUUAAGGUUCAUCUGUAACUGUAAGAAAGAAUCACUAGCUAGUGUCUAAGAAAUAAUCAAGGGGAUUUUUGCAAAUAUAUAACCCUGUAAUACAUGACAGCUAGUGAAAAUGU